CGCUUCCUUCACCAGCGUCCGCACCGGCAAGCUGCCGCGGCGCCCCUCCCAACCCGCGCUCGCAGAUCGGCGCCGGGCGGCGCGCCAUGGCCACGAAGCACCCCCACCAGGCCGCCGAUCCCGCGGCAUCGCCUCCCCCGCCGCCGAGCCGACGCCCGCGCGGCCUCGCCUCCGCCUCGUCCCCCGCCCCGGUGCGGCGGAGCGGCGAGCGGGAGAAGGAGCGGACCAAGCUGCGGGAGCGGCACCGGCGCUCCAUCACCAGCCGCAUGCUGGCCGGGCUGCGGCAGCACGGCAACUUCCCCCUCCCCGCCCGCGCCGACAUGAACGACGUCCUCGCCGCCCUCGCCCGCGCCGCCGGAUGGACCGUCCAACCCGACGGCACCACCUUCCGCUCCUCCUCCUUGUCCCAGCCGCCGCUUCUCCCUCCCCCUGCCCAAUUCCAGGGAGCUUUCCAGGCUGCUUCUGUGGAAACCCCAGCUUUCACUAGCCAUCUGAACAGCUACGCCAUCGGGACGCCGCUAGACUCCCAGGCUUCUGGCCUACAGACAGACGACAGCCUUAGCCUGUCACCGUCGUCGUUGGACUCAGUCGUGGUGGCGGAGCAAAGCAUUAAGAAUGAGAGCUAUGGGAAUUCGAGUUCGGCCAAUUCGUUGAGUUGUAUGGGUAGUGAUCAGUUAAUGAGAGCAUCAGCAGUAUGGGCGGGUGAUUACACAAGAACUCCAUAUAUACCAGUCUAUGCCUCUCUGUCUAUGGGCAUUAUCAAUAGUUAUUGCCAAUUGGUUGAUCCAGAGGCUGUACGUGCUGAACUAAGGCAUCUGAAGUCUUUGAAUGUUGACGGAGUUGUUGUUGACUGUUGGUGGGGAAUUGUGGAAGCCUGGACUCCUCAGAAGUACGAAUGGUCUGGCUACAGGGACCUUUUUGGUAUCAUUAAAGAGUUCAAGCUAAAAGUUCAGGUUGUAUUAUCAUUUCAUGGGUCUGGGAAGUGUGGAUCUGGUGAUGUGUUAAUCUCGCUCCCUAGGUGGGUCAUGGAAAUUGCACAAGAGAACCAGGAUAUAUUUUUCACUGAUCGAGUAGGUAGGAGAAAUACAGAAUGCCUUUCCUGGGGAAUUGACAAAGAGCGUGUCCUUCGAGGGAGAACUGGCAUUGAGGUUUAUUUUGAUUUCAUGAGGAGCUUUCAUAUGGAAUUCAGAAGCUUGUCUGAAGAGGGUCUUAUUUCUGCUAUUGAGAUUGGAUUGGGUGCUUCUGGAGAGUUAAGAUAUCCUUCAUGUCCAGAAAAGAUGGGCUGGAGAUAUCCUGGUAUUGGUGAAUUUCAGUGUUACGACAGGUACAUGCAAAAGAACUUGCGGCAAGCAGCCUUGACACGGGGUCAUUUGUUUUGGGCCCGUGGACCUGAUAAUGCUGGCUACUAUAAUUCAAGAUCACACGAGACUGGUUUUUUUUGUGAUGGAGGUGAUUAUGACAGCUACUACGGGCGCUUUUUCCUUAAUUGGUAUUCUGGAAUCCUUGUUGAUCAUGUGGAUCAGGUGCUCUCACUUGCUACUCUUGCAUUUGAUGGAGCAGUAAUUAUGGUGAAGAUCCCUUCGAUGUAUUGGUGGUACAGAACUGCAAGCCAUGCUGCAGAGCUUACGGCAGGGUACUACAACCCUACAAAUCGGGAUGGAUACUCUCCAGUUUUCAAAAUGCUCAAGAAGCAUUCCGUAAUUCUGAAAGUAGUCUGUUAUGGGCCAGAAUAUACAGUUCAGGAUAAUGAUGAAGCAUUUGCUGAUCCAGAAGGUUUAACCUGGCAGGUUAUGAAUGCAGCAUGGGAUCAGGGUCUAUCUAUAAGUGUAGAGAGUGCUCUUCCAUGUUUCGACAAUGAGAUGUACCCUCUGAUCCUUGACACAGCGAAGCCUAGGAACGAUCCUGACCGUCACCAUGUCUCAUUCUUUGCAUACCGUCAGAAGACUCCAUUCCUUUUGCAGGGAAAUGUUUGCUUCUCAGAGCUUGAGACCUUUGUAAAGUGUAUGCAUGGGGAGGCUACCCAGAACUUUGUAGACUGAAGUCACUUUGGCAACAAAUUCCAUGUAUGCUGCAACUAGUGUUGCGCUGUGCAGAUUCCUGGAUUCGCUUUGUUCAUAUCGCAAACUUCCAGCUUAUAUUGCCAACUGCUCCCCCCCAUGCCGGCCAUUCCCGCCUUCUGCUUGGGGUUAGUCCACCAGAUGCCACUUAAACUGUUGAUCUAGUGAUAGGAAGGAUUAGUGGUGUUAGCUUUUACCAUGGCAUGACUUGGCUUUGGGCACAAAGAUGGAAAGGACGGCAUGGCAUUUGGCACGUAUUUAUUAGCACUACAUUAUUAUGCUAUAAGAUGCAGAGAAAUCAUAUCUUCGAGUUGAAUGGUAAACCAUCUGCCUCU